CCCUUGCGCCUAAACUCUAUUAGUAAUUGAAGUUCAUUGACCUUCCUUUACGCCAGAACUAAUUAUUACCCAUAACCCAAACCAUGCUGUCAAAGAUUUGAACUUAGAUUUGCAUGCCAUUAAUUGUCAAAAAUCUGUAAAACCAUUGCUUCAAAAUGCAUGCAGUUAAUUGUUAAAUCCAUUAGUAAAUUAAAACAAAGCUUUCUGUAAAUCGUUGCAAACUAAGAUAGAAGCAAAUCGUCUACACUAUAUCAGAAGCCUGACAAGCUCGCUGCCUGUUUAUUAUCAUUGUUGUUCCUUUGUGCCAGUCCAAGUGUCUCGUUUACAGAAUGGUCAAGAAGAAUAAACGGGAAUCACUCAUCGAACUACAUGUGCAAGACAUUCCAAACCAAGCAAAUUAUUUCUCAAGAAAGGAUCUUGAAUGGAAAACUGGAGAUGAUAAUGGUGAGAUGGACUUAUGCCCUGCAAUCCCUCCUGAAAUACUUCCUCACUUUUUCAAAGGAGAAGAUGGUGUUAUUCCAUUGGUUGAUGAUGAUGUUAAUGUUAGAGGGAAUUUGAGUCAUGAGAAUAUUACCACUGAUGGUUGGAAAUCAUCCAAUGCUUCCAAUGAUAACUUCCAUAAUUCCAUUGAUUAUAUUAAUUCGCUACUCCACAAUUUACCAAGUAGUGCAGAUGAAAAACUUGUUUUUAUUCAAUGCGUUGAGAGAUUUAGAAAAGAUCUCCAUGCAUCUCUUGCUUCCUCUUCCAAAUUUACAUCGAUCCUUGGCUCAGAGAACAUGUCUAUGAGACAAAUAUCACCAUGGUUUAGUCCAAGUAAAAAACACAAAUGCCAUUCUAUUCAUGAAAGAGGCAAUAUCAAUCAUCAAGUCUUGAAUGAAAGAGUUAAGGAGCAUGAAGGAUUCCAAUUCCCCCAUACAAAUGGUGGACAAAAAAAGAAAAAAAAGAUUGCCAAUCAUUCAAGCAUAGAAAUACAAAAAGAAAGGGCUAUUAUCAUGAAACAACAUACUUCGGAUGAUGAAGAGAAUACUCAACACCGAUUGCCAUUCUCUAUUGAUCUAAACCAAACAACAAUAAAUGAAUUACAAAUUAUAGAUGAUACAAUUUGUGAAACUCAACCAUCAAUGCUCAGUGUUAUCCCCACUUAGAUAUUUCAACAAACCAUUCCAGCUUUGGAUGAUCAAAAAAACAUUGGACAACGUAGGUUACCAUUUUGUAUUGAUCUUAACUAGACACCACCAACAAUGGAUGCAAUGCAAACUAGUGAUGACAAAAUAUAUAUAUAUAUAUAUAUAUGAAAUGAUUUUCUAACAAUUUUGAAUGUUUAAAUUUUAAAUUAAUUUAUAUGUAAACAAUGUAAUUUAUAGGUUCUUAUGACAUUGUAAUGGAGGACCAUGAUCAACACUAUUAUGGAUAAUCAAUAUGCACUUUAAACUUUUUGAUUGUCUAUUAAGUACUUAAUGCUAGAUUGAUGUUUGGAGAUGAAAAUAGUUCUUUCAAUGUGUAAGUUCAAUUACCUUCCCCUUUGACAAUUGGAGCUUGG